CUGCCCAGCCAAGUCGCCCAGUUACAAAACACCGGGCAUAAGAAACUUCUGAGAAAACAGAAGUGCCAAAUUGAGACAGGAGGAGGGGACUCUGAUAUGGGGCUGAGCUUGAGCAGGGACCACCCACAUCCAGGCCUCACCCCACAAAAGGUCCAGGCUCUGGCAUCCCAAUAGCACAACUGGCCCUCUUCAACAUGAUCAAGGAAGAGCAUGAUCUUUCUGUGAUGGCGGCGCCCCAAGGCUCAGCUCCCAUGGGGACCACCGUGAUCAACAUCCAGCCUGAGACGUCCCUGCCCGACCACAUCAUCUGGUCCCUGUUCAACACGAUCUACAUGAACUGGUGCUGCCUGGGCUUCGUGGCAUUUGCCUACUCCGUGAAGUCUAGGGACCGGAAGAUGGUCGGUGACAUGAUUGGGGCCCAGAGUUAUGCCUCUACCGCCAAGUGCCUGAACAUCUGGGCCCUGGUCUUGGGCCUCCUUCUGACUAUUACGUUCAUCAUUCUGAAACUCGCUGGCUUACUGACUAUUUCACUAUACAUAUAAUAGAAUAAGAGGGAACAAAGAGGCUACGACUAGAUGCAUGUGGCCAAGGACCAUGUCCUCACCAUCCACUGCUGGCCAUGUUUCUUGGGCUCUUGGGUCCAUCCCUCAGCACCCAGCCCUUCACCCUGUUAUAGAGAUUACCUGACCACAACUGAAUGCAAUAAAAUACACUUGUGUGUGA